AUGAAUAUUCUUUCGGACGUCGGUAACAUCAUCAACACCAUCACUUCAGCCGGCGACGCCAUUGGCAACCAGAUCACAUCGGGUGCAGUUUCCGUCUUUGGGGAGGUGACUUCCGAGGGCGGGCAGAUCGCAACCAGAGUCACCGGGGGUGCGGUUUCGGUGUUUGACCAGGUGACUUCCGGCGCGGUUGCAGGCGCGCAAACCGUGACCUCGGUUUUCGAGAGCAAUGGCCAGAGGUUCACCUCGGUCAUCGUGGGCGUCGCGACCAGCGCGGCCUCUGACGUGCGCUCCGACAUUGCGCAGGCACAGUCCGGCCUCAAUAGUGUCACCUCGCAGGGGAACAGCGACAUUUUCAACACCGUAUCUGCUCUGGACGCAGCCUCCGCCUUGACCGGCGGCUCCACCAUCACUACCAUGAGAAGCUCCUCCACUACCGCUUCUAGUUCUGGAUCCGGCACAAGUACCGCCACAUCGUCGAGUCUGGACUCUGGCGCGGAGCAUGCUGCGGGCGGCUCGUGGAAAAAGGGCUUGUUGGUGGCUGGUAUGGUUGGUCUCACGUGCAUCGGUGCCAUGUAA